AUGAACCUCCAGCUCAAGCUCAUCAGGACCAAGAAGUUCUUAAAGGUCUGGAACAGAGAGGUAUUUGGCAACAUCAUCCAAAACCUAAAGGAUGCAGAGCAGGCAGUUCUUGGGGCACAAACUUUAUAUGAUACUGAUCCGACACCAGCACAUAGAACCGAAUUCAGUAGAGUGUCUGCAGAGCUCAUCAUCACGGCUAAGAUGGAGGAAGAAUUUUGGAGGCAAAAGGCGGCGAUUAGAUGGGCUGCUGAAGGAGAAAGGAAUUCCAAAUUCUUCCAUGGAGGCUCUGUGUUUGCCGCCGCGGGAAAAGAGGUUAGAGAUGCAGUGUUUGGGAUAAGUGGUGAUAGUGUGUCUGGGCCGGAUGGGUUCACUUCGUUGUUCUUUCAGUCAUGCUGGGACAAUGUUGGGAGGGAUGUGAUUGCAACUGUGGGAGACUUCUUCAGUGGGGCGUUUAUGCCCCGAAGCUUCACGGCGACCAUGAUCGUCCUCAUUCCGAAGAAGCCUAACCCGGUCACUUGGGGAGAUUUUAGACCGAUCAGCCUCUGCAACGUUACGAGCAAGAUCAACACAAAGAUCCUUGCCUCGAGACUUGCACCUCUACUACCCCUUGUCAUUGCACCGAAUCAGAGUGGGUUCAUCAAGGGCCGCCUGAUUAGCGACAAUGCUCUUCUGGCUCAAGAGUUGAUACAUGACCUGGGUAAGGAGCUCUCGAGUAGAGGGAGCUCGUCCAAUCUGGCUCUCAAGCUGGAUAUGGCAAAGGCGUAUGAUAGAGUCCAGUGGUCGUUUCUGCUCAAGAUUGAUCAAGGGGAUAGAGAGAUGGUUUAUAGAUGCCGGAAAAAGGCUCCCGUUAUCACCCACCUCUUCUAUGCGGAUGAUAUCAUCAUUUUCUCAAGGGCUCAUAGAGAGGCGGUGAAGAAGUUAGUUGGAUGCCUGGAUCACUACAUAGUCGUGUCUGGUCAGCUGGUAAACAAUGGGAAGACACACUUCUAUUUGGCGAAUGAUCACAUGGAGUUCGCUGACAUGGUGGGGGAGGUUGGAGGAUUUCAGAGAGGUGUGAUGCCUUUUACAUACCUUGGUGUCCCGAUUUUCCGAGGAGCGAUGAGGGCAUACCAUCUUUUACCCCUUAGGCAGAGGCUGAUGUAG